CUCCCCUAGCCCCAACACACCCCGCCGCGGGCCACCACAGGGGUUGGGCAGCUGGUGACGGACGCCAUGUCAGGGCUGGCAGACAGCCCCUCGUCAGAGGCGUCGCCCCUCUCUCAGCUGAGCAUCCCCACCGUGGAAGACCUGGACCUGCUGCUGGCCAGCCCCCAGCCCUUGAGCCCAGGGGACAUCUCGGAGCAGUGUGGCUCAAGCCGCCUGCUUCUGUCCAGCUCCUCGGGGCCGGGGCAGCACACUGCCAAGUGCUGGCAGCAGCUGGAGCAACGGGUGGCCGCCUUACAGGCCGAGGUGGCAUACCUGCGGGACCACAAGGAGCGCUGUGAGCAUGCCACACUGAGCCUGGUGCGGGAGCUGCUGCAGGUGCGGGGCCGCCUACAGCUGCAGGACUCCGAGCUUAAGCGGUUGCAGCUGUUGAUCCAGGCUCCCGAGAAGGAAAUGCUGGAGCUCCACGGCCCCCAGGACCAGAUGCAGACCCUGGACAAGAGGCUGGUGGAGGUCCGGGAAGCCUUGACUCAGGUCAGGAGGAGGCAGGCACUGCAGGACACAGAGCGGAAGGGUGCCGAGCAGGAGGCCCGGAGCAGGCUGGCCAAGCUUACCACCCUGCUGAGGCGGGAGGAGCAGGCCCGGGAGGCAGCCUGCCGCAGUCUGCACAGGAACCAGGAAGUCAUCGGCCAGAGGGUGGAUGAGCAGGCAGCCAGGAUGCAGGCGCAGGUGACCAAGCUCGGUGAGGAAAUGAGUCUGCGAUUCCUGAAGAGGGAGGUCAAGCUCUGCGGCUUCCUGCAGCGGAACUUCCAGGCCCUGGAGCAGAGGGUGAAGGCGUCGGAGAGCGCGCGGCUGAAGGCCGAGGACAGCCUGCGAGAGGAGCUGGACGGCCGCUGGCAGAAGCUGCAGGAGCGGAGCGAGGAACGCGCGCAGGCCGCGCAGGCACAGCGCGAGCAGGAAGGAGGCCGCCUGCUGGCACAGUGCCGGGGCCUGGACUCCGCCGUGGUCCAGCUCACCAAGUUUGUGCGGCAGAACCAGGUGUCCCUGAACCGCGUCCUCCUGGCAGAACAGAAAGCCCGGGACGCCAAGGCAUGUGCAGAAGAGAGCCAAGCUGGGGAGUUGGCCUCCUACAUGAAGGAGGGCUUGCAGGCCGUGCAGCUGGCUGGGGAGCGAGCCCAGCAGGAGACGCAGAGUGCGCUAGAGCUGCUCCGUGUGAAGAGCCAGGCCCUGGAGCAGGCCACAGCCGACCUGAGUGACCACUGCCUGGCCCUGGGCUGGAGGCUGGAGCUGCAGGAGCAGACCCUGGGCCUGAGGCUGGCGGCGGUACAGACAGCAUGGGAGGGGGCAGAACGGAAGUCCCUGCAGGACCUGGCGGUGUGGCGGCAGCAGGUCGCCGGGCAGCUGCAGGAGCUGCGGGAGAAGAUGGACGGCCUCCCCCUGCAGAUUGAGGGCAUUUCAGACAAGUGCUUCCUGCGCAAGAAUGACUCAGACUUGAAGAUCUCAGCAGAAGUUAGGGCCAGAGAGCUGGAGGUGGGGGCUGUGCGGCAGGGGCUGGCCACCCUGCUGUCAUCCAUACAGCUGCUGAAGGAGGACAACCCAGGCCGCAAGAUUGCCGAGAUGCAGGGCAAGCUGGCCACGUUCCAAAGCCAGAUAAUAAGGCUGGGAGACAGUGUCCAGGCCCAUAAGACCUUGCAGAACCUCAAGUUCAACGCAGAGACCAAACUGCGCACAGAAGAGAUGACCGCACUGCGGGAGAGCAUGCUGCGCCUGUGGAGUGAGGAGGGCCCCUGGGCGCUGACGCUGGGCAGCAGGCGGCUGCUCAUGUCCCUGGUGAGGCAGCAGUUCAUCAAGGACCUGGAUCCCAGUGAGCCGGUCCCAGUGAACCAGUGGGGCGUAUAUCAGGCCGUGAGGUGGCUGCAGUGGAAGUCUGUCCUCAUGAAGCCAGUGCCCCAGCGGAGGCCAGCAAGAGGCAGCUCCAAGGAAGGUGGUGGCCAGGAGCCUGCGGCCCUGCCCACCCGCUUGCCCCAGUCCCAGAAAUAAAUGCUAGUUCUUAGCUCCUA